UUUACGGUUUGUACCUAUGACCAUAUCCCUCUUUGUGACCAUUGACGACUUUUACGACUGAAUAUCCGAACAUUCCGCCUGCGAAACUCAUCUACUGGACUCACGGUCACCAGCGCUUUCUCUGUCUCUUCUCCGUUGUCACCAACUCUGACCUCUCUGUAUGCGCCCAUCACAGUAAUAUAGAACGGAGCUUCCUGAACCUCCCCACGCCCUGUUUAGAAUUGCGCCGAAUCAACUACCACAUCGGCCCUCACAGCCAGUUUCAUAAGCCUUCGCCAUGUCAGCGACGGAACAGAAGCUGGUCUGGAAUCCAGACAACAUUCGAGACAUCGCCGAGUCAGUGGGAAUAGCACAAUUGAAUGAGGAUGCCGUACGAUCGCUAUCAGCAGAGGUUGAAUACCGAGUAGGACAGGUUAUCACAGAAGCUAUGCGAGUGAUGCAUCAGGGAAAGAGAACGGUUUUGGGAACUCAGGAUAUAUCACAGGCGCUGAAGGUCUUGGAUGUGGAGCCAUUAUAUGGUUACGAAUCUACACGACCUCUGAGAUUUGGGGAGGCCUCUUUAGGUCCUGGUCAACCUCUGUUCUAUAUUGAGGACGAGGAGGUGGAUUUUGAGAAGCUGAUAAAUGCACCAUUACCAAAGGUACCGAGGGAUAUGUCGAUUACUGGUAUGUUGUUCUAGUGUCUAUUGGGGAGCGUUGCUGACUUUAAACAGCACAUUGGCUUGCCAUCGAAGGCGUUCAACCUUCAAUACCUCAGAACCCAACAACAGCGGAGGCAAGAGCUUCAGAAUUAGUACCAAAGGGACCCGGCGCAAACCCAGCUCUUGCAGCUCUGGCAGGAAUCGACAAUGUAGCAUUCAAACCCCUCGUCAAACACGUCGUCUCAAAAGAACUCAUCCUCUUCUUCGACAAAAUUCGACAAGCAAUCCUCGAUGAAGACCCUGACCCAGACGUCGCAACCCUCCGCGCAGCAGCCCUUGAAAGCGUCCGUUCAGAUCCAGGUCUCCAUCAACUAGUGCCCUACUUUGUAGAAUUCGUAGCGGAAAAAAUCACGCAUUGCAGCAACAGUCUCUUCAUCCUGGGUCGAAUGAUGGAACUCAUCAGCGCAAUAAUCGACAACAAAACUCUCUUCAUCGCACCAUAUGUCAUUUCCCUCUGUCCCACCAUCCUCACCUGUCUCACCGCACGCCAUCUCGGUCCCGAAGGCCAGAAUCUCGAGACGUUGAAAGAUCAAUUCCAAUUACGUGAUUUAGCUGCUUCCCUCAUUGGCAAAAUCUCCCAUAAAUACGCAGAGACUAGCGUCCAGCUACGACCCCGUCUUACCAGAACAUGUCUCAAAUACUUCCUCGACCCCAAACACACUCUCGGCGGGCACUACGGCGCCAUCUCCGCUCUCCGCACUAUCGGCGGUCCGGAAGUCAUCCGUGCCAUCCUUCUCCCCAACAUCAAACCCUUCUCAGAGCAUGUCAUUGCAAAAGCUAUACAGGAAAGAGGGGCGGGAGAUGAGAGUGUGAGUAUGGUCCUUGCGGCCUUGGUCAAGGCUGUUGCUUGUCUGGGUGAGGGCAGCAAGGAAAGCUUCCUCACGAAUGGGAAUGCGAUGAAUGGCGUGAUUAGUACGGGGGAUACACUGGCUAUGGAGGAGUUCUUGGGGAAGGAGGUGGGGAGUAGGGUUGUGCUAUUGGGGGAUGCGGGGUUGAAUAAGGCGGUUUUGGAGGCGAGGGAGAAGGGGAAGUAG